UUUAGAAGGGCAAUAAAAAGCUGCGAGCGGCACCACACAUAUGGCGACAUUCUUUCGUUCAUCAACGGGGUCGAUACAAGACUAAAGCGACUCGGUAGCAGGAUGCAUGUGGAUUUUCACUCCUUGGGUAUAUACUAUGCUUGUCUCACCUUGUCUGAGUGCUCUCUGGACUAUCAUAUGCGGUGUUAUCUUGCUGCUGCCGAUUCGCCCAUAAAGAAGUUCAGCGAAGAGGAGAGUCUUUCUCUAGUGAAAGGUCUCUUGUCAUCCCUCCAGUCCGUGUCUUUUCAGGAUCCCACGCGCGACACGAGUAAUUUACUUCGUUUGAUCAAUGGGGAGCCCCAACCAGAUGCCUCAAAUCUGCAUCAAAUACUCCACUGGUCCAGAGACGAUGCCAAAAUGAGCCAAGUAGAGGAUUAUCUGGCCCUCCUCGCCCAGACCGGUGACACCACCAUUCGUCGUCUUAUGUGGGAAAAAUAUUUGCGCAGUGACGAAUCCGAGCUCACAAGCUUUCACUCUGGGUACGUAUACGCCGCGUCCAUGGUCCGUGCUGGAAAGUCAGACGAUUCCUUGGCUGCGCUGAGGACACUGUCGAAACGUGCUGGAAAUAAUUUACCUCGUAUAUCUGAGUUUGAAGAUUUGAAUGACCUUUUGGGAAACGACGCCAUCAACGAAGAAUUAUGUCAGCUUGUCAGUGAAGAAGAGUACGCAAAGAUUCUCUACGCCCAGAUUAGUGAGGUUGAGAAAAGACUCGGGCUUAGAGUGGACGACCAAAUCCGCAAAGGAAUCUCUGACCCCUCUGCUGGCGAGCAGCCUCUGAUCACCAUUGAUGGAGAUAGCUCUGGUUUUGAAAGCCCCGAGAGGCUGGUUGCAGAAAUUAAGGCUCUCGGGUGCUCUAAAUACGCCGCCGACCUCAAUAACAUCGGCGAUUUACUGGACGAGUUUGAUGGAAGCUUUAUACCUACCUGUGUUCCUUCAUGGCCAGGCUCCGAUGCGGAAUUCUACUGGGCACCUCAACGCUCGUCGGUUGGACUCCACAACACGCCCUGCCAAAAAGUCGACGACUUCCCGGACGCGUCAUUAUUGGAUUCAGGACUGGUAAAAGUUACCCCAGGUCAUAACCAAACCUCGUAUGCUUUUGGACAGACUCUCCAUUUAAUGCAGCUUGGAUAUCUUCUCGUGAAACGGCAACCACCGACCUUUGGAGGACAUGUUGAUGCUUCACCUCAACUGGAAGAAACCGGAUACCUGGUUACCUGGGACCGGGCUUCUCGUAGAUUCCUGAUUGUUUUCGCCGGGGUCGAGCAUGGAGUGGUCGACCCUCUUACUGAGUCCCACAUCCGUGCUGGGCCCUCCGGUAAGGAUGCAAUUAUGGAAAUCAACCCCCUGAACUACAAACAUACGUUGGGUCCAGACAUAUAUAUUCCCAACUACCGACUUCAAAUGGAUCCGAGCCCCGAUUUGAUUUUCGACAAGCGGACGUGA